AUGCCUUCCAUUGCCAAAAUCAUCCCGACCUCUCUGGCAGUCAUUGCCGCCUAUGUCCAGUCUGUCAAUGCUUUGGGUUGCUACAUCGGGGGUCUGGAUUUCAAUGAGCUCCACGGCGGUCCUAGAAGCAGUGACCUGACCGAUAAGGUCAAAAACGAUAUUCAUACUACCUGCAGCCUGGCAGCCGGCAAAGUCAUCAGACUUUCUGAGCCUUUCUGGCUUUGUACCAACUGGGAGAAAAACAUGGUCCCCAACCCACACUGCUACUCUAGUCGCAAUGACGAUUUGUGCAGUGCACUUGACGAGAAAUAUCGGUGGACUUGUCUCCUUAGUUGCAAUCCAAACUGGGCGGAGCCUCCCGAGGGUGGAUAUAUCCAUAUCAACUGGGCUAUUGAAGUCCGCGACAGCCAAGCCGAGAAGGCAAUCACCUACGAGCAAUGCAGUGAAGCAUUCAACACGGAGCUCGGUGAUUGUAGCUCCGGAAGCGAGCAGAACCACUUUGACUUUUGGUUCAGAAUGGACCCAAGCAGGGAUGCUUGUCCCUAA